ACACAUCAUCUCGGAAUUGGAGCACCUGAUCUUCGUGAGCACGGAUGUGGGCCGCUGCCGGGCCUGGCUGCGGCUGGCCCUCAACGACGGCCUGAUGGAGUGCUACCUGAAGCUGCUGUUGCAGGAGCAGGCCCGCCUGUGCGAGUACUACCAGCCCACGGCCCUGCUCCGUGACGCCGAGGAGAGCGAGUUCCUCCUGAGCUUCCUGCAGGGCCUGACAUCCCUGUCCUUCGAGCUCUCCUACAAGUCUGCCAUCCUAAAUGAGUGGACCCUGACCCCGCUGGCCCUCUCUGGGCUCUGCCCGCUCUUGGAGCUCGAUGUCCUCACUACCUCUGGCACAGGACUACAGCGGAAGGGGUCUCUGGAUUCCAUCUCCCAUUCCUCAGGCUCGGAGGACAUCGAGGUGCAGCACUCGGGCCAUAAGAUCCGGCGGAACAGGCAGCUCACGGCCUCCUCCCUCAGCCUGGACACGGCCCGUUCAUCCCAGCUCUCCUGCAGCCUCAACUCUGACAGCUGCCUCCUCCAAGAGAAUGGCUCCAAGAGUCCAGACCGUUCCGAGGAGCCCAUGUCCUGCGACUCAGACCUGGGGACAGCAAAUGCCGAAGAUUCGGACCUGUCUCUGCAAGAGGUGUUGUCGGAAUUCAGCAAAGCCCAGGUGAACUCUGUGCCCACCGAGGGACUGAGCCCAGAAACGGAGGUUCCCGUGCUGCAGGCCUCACUCACCCUCCACGGCCUGGACACCAGCACACCCCCGCCCUUUGAGGUACCUGCGGAGCCCCACCCUGCCCAAGCAUCCCCUGGGACCCGAGAUGGGGCCCACACGGGGGAGCCUCUUUCCCAGGCGCCUGGCCCUGGGGGCUGGCUGAAGCUGGGCAUGGCCCAGGCUGUCCUUUCGGGGAGCACUUCAGGCCAGCAGCCUCCUAGUCCUGUGAGAGAGGCAACCAGAGCAGUUGGCCAAGGAAGUGGCCAGCGGAAGCCCCUGGAGGAUGACAGACCUCGGCUGAGCCUUGUGGUUCCCUCACCCACCAGUCCGAUAAACACAAACUGGAUCUCAGAAGAUGACUUCUACCAGCCUCCCCGGGAACAGCCCGUGGAGAGUCCUUCCGAUGCCUCUGUAGGUUCUCCCAGAGGGACUCCAGAGUCAAGGCCUGGUCUCCUCACGCAAGGACCAAGAAGAAGCUGUUCCUUGGAGGCCUUGGACAAAGCUUGCGUGCCUUCCCCAGGAAGCAGGAGAGGUGAGGCCACCCCGGCACCAGAGCAUAAUGACUUCAGGGUGGUGCAUCGCAGGCAGAUGGGGCUGUCCAACCCAUUCCGGGGGCUCCUGAAGCUGGGCACGGUGGAGCGGCAGGGGGCCAUGGGCAUCUGGAAAGAGCUCUUCUGCGAGCUCUCCCCGCUGGAGCUGCGCCUCUGCCUGAGCGGCGAGGAGGGCACCUGCGUGGAGAACUGCUCGCCGCUGCGCUGCAAAUCUGUGGGGCCGGCCCACAGCGACGGCCGCUUCGAGCUGGUCUUCUCGGGCAAGAAGCUGACCCUGCGUGCCUCGUGCCGGGAUGAAGCCGAGGACUGGCUGGACCGGGUGCGGGAGGCGCUGCAGAAGUGCCGGCCCCAGCAGGAAGAGGAGUGGGUGACCAUCCAGUACCCGGACCAACCCGAGGACCCCCCAGAGGCCCCCCAGGGUGGCCACCCCUCCCAUUCGGACCUGCUCUCAGAGCCUGAAACCCCCCAGGGCCUGCAGUUGGACUGGUCCUCUUCCCAAGUUCCCGAGCCCGAUGCUAUUAAAGAAUCCCUUCUGUACCUGUACACGGACCGCACCUGGAUGCCCUAUAUCUUCUCCCUGUCCUUGGAGUCUCUGAGGUGCUUCUGCAUGAGAAACAACGAGACGAUGUUAAGUGACAGCCAUGGAGUCGAGACCAUCUGAGACAUCCUGCCGGACACAAGCCUCAGGGGCCCAUCCUUCUUCAAAAUCAUCACAGCCAACGCCGUCCUGAAGCUGCAGGCCGGGAAUGCCGAGGAGGCUGCCCUGUGGAGGGACCUGGUGCACAGGGUCCUGGCGUCCUACCUGGAGACGGCCGAGGAGGCAGUGACGCUCGGCGGGAGUCUGGAUGAAAACUGUCAGGAGGUGCUGAGGUUCACUACGUGGGAGAAUGGCUACCUGCUGCAGUAUCUGGUGGCCAUCCCCACGGAGAAAGGCCUCGACUCCCAGGGCUGCUUCUGUGCAGGCUGCUCCCGGCAGAUCGGCUUCUCAUUUGUACGACCCAAGCUCUGUGCCUUCUCUGGCCUCUAUUACUGUGACAUCUGCCAUCAAGACGAUGCCUCAGUGAUCCCAGCCAGGGUCAUCCACAACUGGGACCUCUCCAAGUGCCCGGUAAGCCUCGAGCCCAGCCUUCUGUGGCCUCCCGGGGCCUCUGAGUGA